UACCUACCUAAAGGCCUAGGUUGGUAGAGUGGGGAUGAAUGUGGAAGAAGGGGGCAUACCGGGCAUAGGGCGCCCAAGCCAGGCCCGAUGGGUGCUUAUGCUCCUCCUGUCCACGACCAUGUAUGGUGCCCACGCCCCACUGUUGGCCUUGUGUCGAAUAGAUGGCCGUGUCCCUUUCCGCCCCUCUUCAGCUGUGCUUUGGACGGAACUGACCAAAUUACUGCUAUCAGCAUUCUCCUUGAUGGCCCGGCGGCAGCCCAGACUGUGGGACACUCUCCCGUGGCGCCAGGCUGCCCCUUUUGCACUCUCUGCACUGCUCUACGGUGCCAACAAUAACCUCGUCAUUCAUCUGCAGCGGUACAUGGAUCCCAGCACCUACCAAGUGAUGAGCAACCUCAAGAUUGGCAGCACAGCUCUCCUUUACUGCCUCUGCCUGAACCGCCGUCUCUCUGCCAGACAGGGGCUGGCCCUGCUGCUGCUGACUGGUGCCGGAGCCUGUUAUGCCGCCGCAGGCCUCCAGGAUCCGCAAGGCCUCCUCCCACCCCCGCCAGCUGCGGCCAUGCCCCUCCAUGUGACCCCCCUGGGGCUGCUGCUGCUGCUCCUCUACUGCCUCAUCUCGGGACUCUCCUCAGUCUACACUGAGCUGCUCAUGAAGAGGCAGCGCCUGCCCCUGGCCUUGCAGAACCUGUUCCUGUAUUCCUUUGGGGUACUUAUGAACUUGGGGCUCUAUGUGGGAGGUGGGCCAGGCCCCGGGCUCCUAGAAGGCUUCUCAGCCUGGGCAGCAUUGGUGGUUCUGAGCCAGGCCCUCAAUGGACUGCUCAUGUCAGCCAUCAUGAAGCAUGGGAGCAGCAUCACCCGGCUCUUUGUCGUCUCCUCUUCCCUGAUUGUCAAUGCUGUGCUCUCAGCUACCCUGCUUCACCUCCAGCUCACGGCUGCCUUCUUCCUGGCCCUCCUGCUUAUUGGACUGGCUGUACAUCUCUAUUAUGGAGGCCGGUAGAGCCAGAGGGCCUGCCCUCUGCAGCUACUUGGCCCUCCAGUGCUAUUAAUGCAGGCUCAGUAUUACUGUGGUCAACAUUGUCCUUUCCAGUAACAGGGACUCACCUCUUGGAGAAGGUGCUUCUCUUCUUCCUUGUUGGAGUUGGAAGGCCCAUCAGAAUGGGGGCCGCAGGGGGAGAGAGGAGGUGUUAGCUUUAGGAGCGAUUCUAGUCUUAUCUUAUCCUCUUUCUACCUAUCUGCUGACUCUUAAAUGACUGCACGUCUUCCUUCUCUAGUGGCUUUAGCCUGCUAUUUCCUCCUGCUAGUCCCAGCCAGAAACCCUGAUAGAAGUGCCUUUGAGAGGAGAGGGCUGCAGUCAGAUCCAGGGAAUUCCCUGGUAGAAGGAAGAGGCCUGAAGCAGAACUGAGUUUUUGCUAUGGAAACACUAUUGUUGGCUUAAAUUUGUCCCCCAGGUUCUGAUGACUCCUGUCUGCUCCCUUCAUUGUAUAGAGCAAAGGGGAAUCAGUUAGGGAUUCUGUCUCUAUCAGCUGCUGCCUGGAAGAUCUGAGGCUUAGCUCUCACUGUAUCAGUCCUAAUGUCCCAAGCAGUGAGCUACUCUUCUCUUCACUCCAUCCCUCCUGCCCUGGUCAUUUAAACUCCAGCCUGGAUUACUGAGAUGUGAGCUCUGGAAACUAGCCAGAGUUAGGCAACAGAAAGUCUUUUCCUGUUUUGAGUAUGAGUAUUUUGUUCCCAUAGGUAAUACUUGCUUUUCUAAUAUGUCUCUUGUCUAGACUAGAAAUGGGCUUAUUCUAAGUCUUUUUCCACUUUAUUCACUCAGACCCUACAGCAAUCACCAAAAAGCCAAAAUGUUGGAGGCAACUUUGACCUCCUGUGUCCCAUCCCAAUCUUUCUGAAAAGUUCUGCCAGUGCCACAGUCCAUAUUGUCUGGCAACUCUUAUCAAUCGGGUGUGUCUCUUCCCUCUCCCCCCACCGGCUCCCACACCCAAUAACCUCCUGUAAUUACAGAGGGAAACUCAACUCUUCCCCUCUAUGCUGCUGAUCUUCCAGAGUCAUGACUGAGUCUCCUUUAUCAAACCAGAGAUGAGCAUCACAGGUUCAGAAGAAAUGGUACUUGCCCUCUCUUAUGGCCCAUAUGCUUUUGUUGCAGUCUGGAGGGCUCUCAUCAGCUCUGUUGCUCUAUACUCCUGGAUUCUGCUCUUGCCAGGAAAUCUUGGCCCUCAGUUUGGCCACUUUUCCUAUGAUAUUCCCUUAAUUCCUAGUAAGCCAGAAACUCCUUUUCAGGAGUAUUUAGACUAGGGCAUGUAGGAUUUUUCUAUAGCUCAAAUCAGUGUCUCCUUCAUUGUAUAAGCAAUAAGGUCUCAAUAAAAUGUAUUUGGGAGUAGGGAUUUCCCUACCAUCUGCCGUGC